AUGGCUGCAAUUUUCACCUUCGGCGGCGGAGGGCCGGGUAUAGUCACAGGUCACCAACUACCCUUCUUCCAAUCUCAACUCGCAAAUGUUGACACGCCGCGUCUUACCUACCCAAAAGCUCAUCUUCUCUCGCUCCCGAGAGAAGUUCGCGAGAAGAUAUUCGGAUAUUUGGGACCAUCUGCCAGUGAGGUCGCUGAAGAGCCGCUCACCAGCCGCGGUGCUGGUGGUAUAGAGAGAAGUCUGCCACUGGUCUGUCGACAACUCUUCCAUGAUACCGCAAACGAUGGAACUCGAUAUGUUGUCAAAGUGCCGUGCAACAGACUCGAACAUUUUGUGGAACAAUCACUCAGCGAGUCAGCGGCAUAUAGAAAUAUGAAAGCUCUUACACUAGAGUUGCCGCACAACAGCCCGAACCAGUUCUAUCGAGAGCUGGCCACCUUCUUCAUACUUGCAAAAACAACUCUGGAAGAAGUCAAAAUCUUCGGAGUUGGAACAGACAGAUUCGGUAAUCUGACCAGUUCGUUGCACCCUUGUGGUAAGGUGAAUACCUCUCGUCGAGCACAACUGGGCAGCCUUCCUUGGAAUGGCCAAGACUACGAGCGGCGCAUCAUAUUCAUCAACAAUAUCCAGUGGCUUGAAAAAUUGAAGGUCCUGGUUCUCGAUAACUUGAAUAUGCCAGUCACUCAAGCGCAGCUUUUCAAGAAGAAGCCUCAACUUGAGCGUCUCCGCGUCGGGACCGACCCUCGCAUGAUGCUUCAUAGUCGAUACACGACAGCAUGGCAAGGCUUGGGCAUGUGCAAUCUCAUCUAUCCAACCGGCCAGAUGCCUCCGCUCAGAGAGCUCGACAUCUCCAUGAAUGGUGCCCUCACGACCUGGAAGGUCAUUCCACCAGUGCUACCAACUCUCGAGAUACUCAAUUGGACCUUCCCGGACUUUGCCACCCAGGGUGGUGUCAACUACCUUCGGAUUGGUAUUAGCCUCCUCACCGGACUUGGCGCGGCGCGGAAAUUGCGAGUCUUGAGACUCUGCAUUCAUGGUGCAAUGUACGAGCAAGUCAACGACAUGGCCAGUUUCAUGUACACCCUUAGAGACAGCAUCCAACGUGUCCCCACUCUCAAGGCCAUUGAACUGCAUGUCCAUUCAAAGUCGCCCUGGUUUGCUCCAGAGUUCAUCCAAGCUCUUCCGAACUCAGUUGAGAGAUUGUUCCUCGCGGAUCACUUUGUCCACGGAGACAUCAAACGACUUACAGACCUCGUCGGCGAUGCAUCCAAUACGUCUACUGAGCACCACUAUGAUGACUGGAAACCAGUUGUCGGCGACAAUCUUGGCAGAACGGACUAUAUCCAGUUUGCACCCAAGAAUCUGGGCUUUGUCAGCUACGAAUACAAUCACAAGAUGGGAGAGCAGUUCGAGACUGAUGUGACCAACUUUAUGAGAUUGAAUGGCCGAAUGCUAGACAAAGAGAGAAACAAGCAUUUGGCUCCACUCGAAGGCCGACACAUUCCAUAUGCAAAAGGAGGCAAAGCUGCAGAUCCACUUGUGACGCCUUGGUUCCCGGACUUUGAGGAAAUGAUUCCGAGAUCUCAAGCCGAAGUUGAACAUAUUGGCAAGCAGCUGAUUCAUCCCAUCUUUUACGCCGAUCGUCACUAUUUCGGCAACGAAGCAGCCGCCGAAGAAGUCUUUUGGGCAGAGCCCGUCGCCAAGGUCGCGCAGCGCCUUUGUUCUUCGCUUCCGGUGAUUGUCGAUGUCGAAAAGCCGUUCAGCGCUGAUAGUCACUGGCUGAGCUGCUGA